AUGUCUGAACUUUCCAAAUUAAAUGAGGCUAAAGCAAAAGUGGCUGAAUUGGAAGCUUUAGUCAAAAAACAGGCCAGCGUAAUGGUUCAAGCGAGACAAAAGUUAGUUGACGUUGAAUUGAGAAAUAAGAAAAACCAAGCUGCUCAGAAUAUCAAUCAACAACCUGCAUUGGAUUUAACCGAUUAUGUGAACAACGAUGAUAUUGUUCAAUUGGUCACAGAAUUACAAACCCAAUUGGAUGCUUUAGAGGCUAGAACUAUGCGUCGAACUUACAAUGCAACCGUUCAAGGAGACGACGAAAAGUUGGCACCUAUUACAAAUAAAGAUGGCGAUUUGCCCGACUUUGCAUUACCUGUCACUUUGAAAGAGUUUAAGCUGUUGGAAAAAAUUGAUUUGAUAAGAUUAGGAGUGUUUUAUGAGAUCAUAUUGCCAGAUGGAGAAGAAAUAGACCAUGCUUUGCAACAGACUAAUAGUAAAGAAGCAAUUUUAGAUAUUAACAAAAAGAAAGAUAUUAUAGAAUUAAGCAAAAAUUUCGAUGAAGAUCAAGCUAAUGAAAUAUACGAUGAGUUAGCUAGAUAUUUUGGAAUAAAACAUAGAAGAAAUAGUGAUGGCUGGUAG